AUGGCAAUUUUCAACAUUUUUUCAUCACUAGUGUUUCUCUUGUUCUCGUGCAUUGCAAUAGCCGUCCCGCCAAAAUUCUUCAACGUCGUUCGCUACGGUGCCAUCUCCGAUGGCACCACCGACAACUCUCAGGCAUUUCUCAAAGCAUGGAAAGAUGCAUGUGCAUACAAUGGAAGGAGUAGGUUUUGGAUCCCAAAUGGAAAAUUCUUGCUACGAAAGGCCUCAUUUGAAGGCUCGUGCAAUGGCUCAAUGGCCUUUCUGAUCAAAGGGACCCUCGUGGCCCCCACCGAUUCCUUCUUCACUGACACGUGGAUCGCCUUCCGGUAUGUAUCCGGCCUCAUUUCUCUCUUUUGCUCUCUCCAUUUUGUUAUCUAUCUUGAUUUAGGGUUUAGGGUUUGUGUGCAGACAUUGAGAUUCGACUUUGUGAGGAACUCCAAGGUUGAAAACAUCGAAUCCAUCAACAGCAAGAGCUCCCAUUUCAACAUUUUCGCCUGCGAAAACAUGAGCAUAAGCCAUGUUAAGCUCUCGGCGCCUGCAGACAGCCCCAACACCGAUGGCAUCCAUAUUGGGACCUCGCGCAACAUCAAGAUAUCCAAGUCCGUCAUUGGCACGGGAGAUGACUGCGUGUCCAUGGUGUCCGGCAGCCAAUCUAUUGAGGUGAAUGGCGUCGCUUGUGGGCCUGGCCAUGGCAUUAGUAUUGGGAGCUUGGGGAGAGGCCAUGAGCAUGAGUAUGUCAAGGGGAUAACUGUCAGAAACUGCACCUUUAUUGGCUCCGAUAAUGGUGUUAGGAUAAAAACAUGGUCACCCUCUUCAUAUAGUUUGGCUUCUGGCUUAGUUUUUGAAAAUAUUAUUAUGAAAAAUACCAAAAAUCCAGUUGUUAUUGAUCAGUAUUACUGCCCCUCACCACAUUGCUAUUUGCAGGUAACCUAAAUUAUAUUUCC